AUGGGAAGUGCAAAGGAAGCAGAAGCAUUGAACAAACCACUCCCGCCUCUCCCCGGGCAAUCAUCAUCAAUGCUUGAUGUCGGAGAGAGCUCAAGGGAUGUACCAUCAGAACCACCACAAUAUGAAGAAGUGACCAGUCCGGCAUCAAGGGCGGCAGCAGCAGUAGCGUUCGCAUCUCAAGAAUGUCUACCGCCGCCACCUCCAGCUCCAGCAACCGACGACCCCUCCGCACUAGACCCACCACCAUACGCCGAGGACGCCGGGCUGGUGCAGGACAUCCUCAUCCCGCCCGGCACGCUCCGGCUGGCUGACAAGAGCAUAUUCGCAGCCGAGGCGGCACCCGACGCGGCACCGCUGUACGAGCUCGACCAGGCCAUCGGGUUCCAGCGCACUGCCGCCCUGGCGACCAACAACCUCUCGCGGCUCGAGCACCGCAUCAAGCGCGGCUCCGAGGUCGCCACCCGCGUCAGGGCCAUCUCGGAGCUGGUGCAGACGCCGCCCAUGCUGGGUCCGACUUUUCCCUUCCACGCCCGCGCCACCAUCGCAAAGGCCCACACCCUGGGCUCCCUGGGUCUGGUGGCCGGCCUGGCCGGCGUGGGCGGCUUCCGUGUCCACCGCGCCGAGGGCAAGGACAUGGUGCAGAGGGAGCAGCUUUUUCGAGCUGCCAGGUCGAACAGGAAGCGCGGCGACCUGAUUGACAGCUAUGAUUGGUUUGCCGUCGGCGGUUUGGCCCACACGAUUAUUGUUCCUGAAGACGGCGGCGACGGCGGUGGCGUCGGCAGCAGCAACAACAACAGGUCACACCACAGACCGAGUUUGAGCAAGAGUUCCGACGGCGUAUUGAUCGCGAGGGAGAACACGGAGCCCACCGGCAUGCACACGCUCGAGAUCCUCGUCUCGCUGGACCAGCGGACGCGGGAUGCGCUAGUUACUGCAUGGUGCCUGCGGCUGUGGAAAGAUAUUGCCGCUCGUAACAAAGUGAGUAGGGGUGUCUGGUCCAUCAUCACCAACCGCGGGUCUUCCAUGGUCACAUGA